AUGAUAAGAUGUGACCUAAGUGGAUCUGAAUUUCUCAAUGUCAAUAUUAGUGGUAUAAAUUUGAAUUAAGCCAAAUUAUUAAAUUGUAAGUGGAGGAGUUUAGGUAUAAAUGAGGGAAUUUCGUUAAAUGGUCAAAGUGGUAGGGUGGUAUAAGUUUUUUUUUCUUUAGAUGGUAAAUCAUUAGCCUCCCGUAGUGUUGAUAAUACAAUGCAUUUGUGGGAUGUUAAAACCAGAAAAAUAAAGUUUAAAAUAAAAAUGAAGGAUAUAUAAUCAAUUUGCCUAUCGCCUAAUGGUACUACAUUAGUUUCUAGUUGCAAAAAAUAAGCAUAUAUAUGGAAUCUCAAAACAGGAAAAAAAAUAUGUCAUUUAAUUGGCCAUAGAGAGAGUAUUGCUUCAGUAUGUUUCUCUCAAAAUGGCACUAUGUUAGCAUCUGUUAGUUUUGAUAGUACUAUCCUUUUGUGGAAUGUUAAGACAGGAAAAUAAAUCGACAAUUUAAAUGAUAUAUGUAGAAGGGUUAGAUCAAUCUGUAUCUCAUCUGAUGAUACUUUAUUAGCAUUAAAUAGUUCAAAUAACGAAUUAGUUUUAUGGGAUGUUACAAAAAAAGAAUAGAUAGUUAAAUUAGAUCGUUAUACGAGUGAUAUAUUCUGUUUCUCUCUGGAUGGUACUACAUUAGCAUCUUGUAGUGAUGAUAAGUCUAUCCAUUUAUGGGAUGUUGAGACAAGAUAAUAAACAGCCAAAUUAUAUGGUCAUUCGAGCUAGAUUAAUUCAGUCUGUUUCUCUCCUGAUUGUACUACAUUAGCAUCUGGUGGUUAUGAUUAGUCUAUCCAUAUAUGGGAUGCUAAGACAGGAUAAUUUAAAGCCAAAUUAGAUGGUCAUAAAGCGGGAAUUUCAUAAGUAUGUUUCUCUCCUGAUGGUCUCAUAUUAGCAUCUGUUAGUUAUGAUAAAUCUAUCUGUUUAUGGGAUAUUAAGACAGAAGAAUAAAAAGCCAAAUUAGAUGGUAUUUAAAAGGGAUUUCUGUAAAUAUGCUUUUCUCCUGAUGGUAAUACAUUAGCAUCUAUUGGUUAUGAUGACUCUAUCCAUUUAUGGGAUGUUAAGUCAGUAUAAUAACAAACUAAACUAGAUGGUCAUUCUGGUGGUGUUUAUACAGUCUGUUUCUCUUCUGAUGGCACUACAUUAGCAUCUGGAAUUCAUGAUAGAUCUAUCAGUUUAUGGGAUGUUGAGACAGGAUAAUAAAAAGCCAAAUUGGAUGGUCAUACGAGCUAGAUUAAUUCAGUCUGUUUCUCUCCUGAUUGUAAUACAUUAGCAUCUGGUAGUUCUGAUAAUUCUAUUCGUUUAUGGAGUGUUUAGACAGGAUAAUAAAUUAGCAAAUUAGAAGGUCAUUCAAAUUAGGUUAAAUCAGUUUGUUUCUCUCCUGAUGGUAAUACAUUAGCGUCUUAUAAUGGUAAGUUUAUCUGUUUAUGGGAUGUUAAGGCAGGAUAAUAAAAAGCCAAAUUAGAUGGUCAUACGAGUUCGAUUCAUUCAAUCUGCUUCUCCCCAGAUGGUCUCAUAUUAGCAUCUAGUAGUUAUGAUCCAUCUAUACGCUUAUGGGAUGUUAAGACAGGAUAAUAAAAAGCAAAAUUAGAUGGUCAUAAAACGGGAAUUCCAUAUGUAUGUUUCUCUCCAGAUGGUACUAUAUUAGCAUCUGUUAGUUAUGAUGGGUCUAUCCAUUUAUGGGAUGUUAAAACAGAAUAAUAAAAAGCCAAAUUAGAUGGUAUUUAUAAGGGAUGUCUGUAAAUAUGCUUUUCUCCUGAUGGUACUACAUUAGCAUCUAGUGGUUAUGAUUACUUUAUCCAUUUAUGGGAUGUUAAGAUAGUAUAAUAAAAAGCAAAAUUACAUUGUUAUUCAACGAGAAUUUUAUAAUUGUGCUUCUCUCCUGAUGGUAAUACAUUAGCAUCUAGUGUUGAUGAUAACUCUAUCUAUUUAUGGGAUGUUAAGACAACAUAAUAAAAAUGCAAAUUAAAUGGUCAUUCAGAGAGAAUUCUAUAAAUAUGCUUCUCUCCUGAUGGUACUAAAUUAGCUUCUAGUGGUGAUGAUAAGUCUAUCCAUUUAUGGGAUGUUAAGACAGUUUAAAAGGAAGGCUAGUCAAAGGGAAUUCUAUAAAUAUGCUUAUCUCCUGAUGGUACUACAUUAGCAUCUAUUGGUUAUGAUAACUCUAUCAGUUUAUGGGAUAUUAAGAUAGGUUAAUAAAAGUUAAAAUUAGAAAAUAAUGAAAAUUGUGUUAAUUUAUUUUGUUUCUCUCCUGAUAGCACUAUAUUAGCAUCAGAGUGUUCGAAUAACUCUAUUUGUUUAUGGGAAGUUAAGACAGGAUAACUUAAAGCCAAAUUAGAUGGUCAUUCAAAAGGAAUUCUGUAAGUAUGUUUCUCUCCUGAUGGUACUACAUUAGCAUCUGGAUCAGGUAACUCUAUACAUUUAUGGAAUGUUAAGACAGGAUUAGAAAAAGCAAAAUUUGAUGGUUUUAAAGGUAAUGUUUAUUCAGUCAAUUACUCUCCUGAUGGUACUAAAUUAACAUUUAGAAGUAGUAGAGAUGACUACAUCCUUUUAUAUUCAUUGGAUGUUUAUAUAGGAAAUAUAAAUUUUUUAUAUAUUUAUAAAGCAUCUGAUUUACAUAUUCGAGAAACAGAUAUUCUAGCAUUAUUUAAACCUUUGAAAUUUACUCAUAAUGUCAUUCCAGAAAUUGGUAUCCUUUUUCCACUAUUCUUUAGCCGCCCUAAAUGUUCCAAUUAUAACAAUUUCUUAAAUUCAAAAAUUAAAAACACAAGGAACCAUAAUCCUAAAAGGUGAAUUUAUAGAUUAUAAAGGAGGUGAUUUGCGUCCAUUAUUUAAAUCUCAAGAAUGUUGUAUUUUGGAAACCUAUUUAAAAUCUUCAUAAAAGUGA